UCCGGAGAUGUGAAUUUGGGACUGAAGAGGACCAGGAGUGGCUGACCCUGUGCCCAGAGGAGCUGGAGGCCGUGGUAGAGGGCCUGGUGGCCACUCAUCCUCCCAUGAACCUCACUGGACGCUGCGUCUGCCCCAGUGACCCCCAGUUUGUGGAGGAGAAGGGCAUCCGGGCAGAAGACGUGGUGAUCGGGGCUCUGGAGAACGCUUUCCGGGAAUGUGAUGAGCUGAUCGGGAAGGAACUGGAGGCUACCGGCCAGGUGGGGGGCUGCACAGCCCUGGUGGCUGUGUCCCUGCAGGGGAAGCUCUACGUGGCCAAUGCCGGGGACAGCAGGNCUAUCUUGGUUCGGAGAGAUGAGGUCAGGCCCCUGAGUGCUGAGUUCACUCCAGAGACGGAGCGGCAGCGGAUCCAGCAGCUGGCUUUUGUGUACCCCGAGCUCCUGGCCGGGGAGUUCACCCGCCUGGAAUUCCCUCGGAGGCUGAAGGGAGACGACUUGGGGCAGAAGGUUUUGUUCCGGGAUCAUCACAUGAGCGGCUGGAGUUACAAGCACGUGGAGAAGUCGGAUCUCAAGUACCCACUGAUCCAUGGGCAGGGUAGGCAGGCCCGGCUACUAGGGACGCUGGCCGUGUCACGGGGCCUGGGGGACCAUCAGCUCAGAGUUCUGGACACAGACAUCCUGCUCAAGCCCUUCCUGCUCUCUGUCCCACAGGUGACCGUGCUGGAUACGGGCCAGUUGGAGCCACAGGAGGAGGAUGUGGUUGUCAUGGCAACGGAUGGGCUCUGGGACGUCCUGUCCAAUGAGCAGGUGGCACGGCUCGCACGGAGCUUCCUCCCUGGCAAGCGGGAGGACCCACACCGGUUCUUGGAGCUGGCCCAGAUGCUGAUCCACUGUACCCAGGGAGCUGGGGACAGCCCCCCGGGAGAAGGGCAGGUGUCCUACGAUGACGUCUCUGUGUUUGUAAUACCCUUGCAUAGUCAGGGCCAUGGAAGCAGUGGCCACUGACGACUUGGGCUGGACACAGCAUCCCAGGACCCUCCUGCCUUGUCCCCAGCCACAGUCUGGUCCUCUGCCCCUCGCUCCCGUGCACCUCCAUUCCAGGGCAGCGUUUAUACAGGCAGGUCAGAGCUGGAUGUGGGCCGGGCUGGGCGCUGCUGGUUCACCAGGCAACCCCUGUAUGGCCGGGCAAGCACGCUCCUGUCAGUAAGGUCCCUGGGGUGGAGACUCCAGACACAGACUCCUCAACAGCCCACAGCUUUAGCCCCAGACACUGGGCUCAAGGUACCAGCCAGAAGAGACAAUCAGGCCCAGGUUUCCCGCCCACAAAUGUCCAGGCAGGACAGGAACCUUAGGGCAGCUUGAACGGGCAUCUUGAAGACAGCCUCUCCUCCACAGGAGGCAAGGCCCAGGGUCUGGGGCUCGCAGGGCCAAGCCAAAGGGGGCAUGCGGCUCGGGCCCUGAUGCCCCACUGGUACCUCUGCUUGUUGCCCCCAUCACCUAUUAAAUGGCUUUGUGCAGAAACA